GAAAGAUAAAUGUCCAACUGGAGCACUUCUGAUUACUUGGCAAGAUCAGCAACGACGCCCGCAUACCAUGCAAUCGUUAAAUUGCCGCAAUAUCAUCGUAGCCUUACAAAAAGUCACCACCAAGCGUCCGGUGAUACUAGUUCUGAUCGUUUAUUUAUACACCUCCUUGGCGUUUAACACCUUGCUCAACAUCUGCUGAAAACUCCAAGCUACAUUCUCUCAAGAAAUAUGGCUGGUUCAGACAGUUUGACUAGCGCGAUGCGUCAAAUGUUGGCCAAGUUCACCACAGACUUUCCUACCCGCCGAACCUACAGCAAACCUAUUACCGAGCCUUUUACAGGCCGAGAUGUCGUCUUGAUUACCGGCACUACGGGCAGCUUUGGCUGUCAUCUUCUUGAUGCUCUCAUCGCCGCACAUGACGUCUCACGCGUAUACGCAUUGAAUCGGCGGUCCACAAAGCCUCUGCGCGAGCGACAGGCAGCGGCACUGCAGGAACGUGGCAUCGAUGCAAGCAUAUUGAAUUCCGAGAAACUCAUCCUCCUCGAGAGCGAUAUCACUGCGGAGAACUGGGCCUUGCCCCAAAGCGUAUUCCACGAGAUGCAUCUGUCAGUGACUCACGUCAUUCACAAUGCAUGGCGAGUGAACGUCAUCGCCAAGCUCCCAACGUUCGAGUCUGUCCUGCAAGGCCUCCGAAACUUUAUUGACUUCUGUCUCACUUCUUCACUACCUUCGCCUCCUCGACUUCUUUUCACCAGCUCCAUGGGAGUGAUACAAGGCGCCCCCCGAGACAUGGCUAUCCCAGAGGCAGCUGUUCUACCAGAACUUGCAGUUAGCAACGGAUACUCCCAGUCAAAGUGGAUUGCCGAGCAGAUGUUGUUUGCUGCUGCUGCGACGACGCCACUAGAUCCGUUGGUGGUACGUGUCGGCCAGCUUACAGGGGGCAAAGCCGGGGCAUGGGCACCGCAGGAGUGGUUUCCCGUAAUGGUACAAAGUGCGCCUUACGUCGGAUGCUUCGCAGAUGACCCGAGGGAUGUCCUUUGGGUGCCGUUCGAGAUUGCUGCAGCCGCACUGCUUGAUUUUCGCAAGGCAUCAAAUGAAACUCAUGUGGUACACCUCGUCCAUCCACAACCCGUAAUCUGGCACUCGCUUGCCGCGGUCAUCUCGUCAGAGCUCUCCGUUCCUCUUGUGCCCUUCGCAGAAUGGCUUGCCAAGCUCGAGCAUGCAGCUCGUUCUGGAUCUACAGACAAUAUGCCUCAACAGAUCACACGCGCCGCACAGCUCAUCCCCUUCCUACGAUCGUUACUUGAAGCCAAAUUGACCACCAGAUUGGCGCUGAGUUGGCCGGAAGUAGAGGAGAAGCGAGCGUUGGAAGCAUCAUCGACACUUGCCGAUCCUGCUUUGCGUCGGUUGGGCGCAGACGAUGUCAAACGGUGGAUAGCAUACUGGGAGAGAUGCGGGGCCAUGUCCAGAGAGCGCCCGGCACGUUUGUGAGUUUGCACGGCAGGAGCGAAGUCGCUGCCAUCUCCUUCGCUCUGAUCGUUGUAAGCGUGAUACUAUGGCAUCCCGUAAUCGUUCUGUUCUCAUGCGUAUUGUCUUCGAUCUCAAUGGCUGGUAGUA